CCGAGGACAUGACUUGUGGAACACAACCUGCGCGGGUUUUAUAAAUGUCCCGUCGUUAAACUGACUCGACAUUUUCCCACAAUGUUGGCUUAUAAACGGAUCUUGACGCGCACCGUGACCUCCGCUCUCCGGGGGCAUCGCAGCAGUAAUGAAGUCGUUGUGACCGGCCCGGUGCGGAGAUGGCUGUGCUCACGAACGGACGGAGAGACCCGCAUCGCGACCGUACUCAAGGAGAAGUUCCCGUUGGCCGCAUCGCUCAAAGUUGUGGAUAUCUCAGGUGGUUGUGGAGCCAUGUAUGAGAUCCAUAUAGAGUCCAAUGAGUUCAAAGGAAAAAGGACUGUCCAACAACACAAAUUAGUAAAUGAGGCACUCAAGGAGGAGAUUCAAGGAAUGCACGGUCUGCGAAUAUUCACUGAUGUUCCCAAACAUUAGAGAAAGUCCUUUCACUGUUAAACCACAACGUGUUCCUUUGUUCAGCCUGUCUAUCAUGAAUGUACAGUUUUAAAGCAUGUAGUAGUUGAUGAGUCCUUGGCAGAAAAGCAGAGGGACAGUUUAUCAUUGUUUCUGGCAGUUAAACAUGGGAAAUGUGAAAUAAAUCUUGUAUUUUUUAAAUUGAGAAAUGAUCUAUUCUCCGAUGCAAAAAACAGGUGAAGGCUACAAUAUGCACACAAUGACUGAGGAGGGCCUUAUUUUGCAUAUGUAACUCCCACUGUGGUCAAAAUUGAUCUGUUAUUGUUCAAUGAAAGUUUAAAUAAAUGCAUUUUAAUGCAAGUUGCAAUAAUAA